AUGAUUCAGACAACCGAGGAUUUGUGUCGCAAACUCCAGAAUCUUGAUAAUGAGUGGAACAAGAAAAAUCACGAUGUAGAAGAUUGCCUAAGGAAAGUCGAAGAAAUAACAUCUGGAUUAACUAGAUGUGCGUUCCUUCCGAAAAAUGAAUCAGAAGCUUCCCGACGUGAGCUUCUUGUUGCCAGAAGCACGCUGGAAAUAGCAGCUAUGUUGUGUUCCGAGAAACAAGAUAUCCCUGCUUUCGAACAUUAUAUGUCUCAGUUAAAGUGCUACUACUAUGACUAUAAGGGAAAUCUCCCAGACUCGCCUUAUAAGUAUGAACUUCUUGGGCUAAACCUACUGUUUUUGUUGUCUCAGCGUAGACUAGCUGAUUUCCACGUUGAAUUAGAACGGCUUACAAUUGAAGAAAUUACUUCCAGUGUAUAUAUCAAUCACCCAGUCUCCAUGGAGCAGUAUUUGAUGGAAGGCAACUUUCACAAGGUCUUCCUAUCCAAGGGUAACGUGCCGUCCAAGAGAUACGAUUUCUUCAUCGAUAUAUUUUUGAACGCAACCAGAGAGGAAGUGGCCUCUUGUAUAGAGCAUGCAUAUGAAACGUUGUCACUCAAAGAUGCUACUCCUAUGUUAUUUUUUAGUUCAAACAAUGAAACAAAAUUAUUUGCUGAGAAGAGAGCAUGGAAUUUACUGGAUGAUACUUUUCAUUUCCCAAAACAUAAGAAACGGGCGGAUGAUGCCAUCCCGUCUGCCCAUGUGACACGAGUAAUGCUUGACUAUACGAAAGAGCUGGACCAAAUAAUUUGA